CGUCCCCUCUACCCCGGCCCCUCUCGGGCUGCAGGGGGCGUCGUGAGGCCGUGAGGCCCCGCGUCCUCGGCUCUGCUCUGCGCAUCUCGGCGCGGCGCCCGCCAUGAGUGGGGCCACGCGCAGCGGCCUCGACAUCUCGAGGCGGAAUCCCCAAGACGACUUCGAGAUCAUCCAGAGGAUCGGCAGCGGUACCUAUGGCGACGUCUACAAGGCGAGGAACAUGCGUUCGGCAGACCUGUCAGCUAUUAAAGUCAUCAAGCUGGAGCAGGGAGAUGACUUUGCCGUCAUCCAGCAAGAGAUCAUCAUGAUGAAGGAGUGCAAGCACCAGAAUAUCGUCGCAUACUUCGGCAGUUACCUGAGGCGUGACAAGCUGUGGAUUUGCAUGGAGUACUGCGGGGGAGGCUCUCUACAGGACAUUUACCAUGUGACCGGACCUCUCCUGGAGCCACAGAUCGCCUACAUGUGCCGGGAAACGCUGCAGGGCCUCGCGUACCUGCACAGUCGCGGAAAAAUGCACCGCGAUAUCAAGGGAGCCAACAUCCUCCUCACGGACCAUGGGGACGUCAAGCUGGCUGAUUUUGGAGUUUCGGCACAAAUAACUGCGACGAUUGCCAAAAGGAAAUCCUUCAUCGGCACGCCGUACUGGAUGGCACCAGAGGUAGCGGCCGUGGAGAGGAAGGGCGGCUACAACCAGCAGUGCGACGUGUGGGCCGUGGGGAUCACCGCCAUCGAGCUCGCAGAGCUGCAGCCGCCACUCUUCGACCUGCACCCCAUGAGGGUUCUCUUUCUCAUGUCAAAGAGUGGCUACCAGCCGCCGAAACUAAAGGAAAAGGGUCGCUGGUCGCCCGUCUUUCACAACUUCAUCAAGCUGGCGCUCACCAAGAACCCCAAGAAGCGGCCCGCGGCGGAGAAGCUGCUUACGCACGCAUUCUUCCAGCAACCACUGAACCGCGCACUGGCGCUGGAGCUGCUGGAGAGAGCUAGCAACCCCGAGCAGCACCACGCGGCACAGAGCGCGUGUGAUCAGGACGACGAGGACGCUGAGCCGGCGCUGGUGGUGCCACACCGCAUCCCCUCCAACAACAAGCACGACCGCGCUGAGCGCACGCGCUCCGAGAUCACAUUUGACCAGGUGACCUUUGAGCCUCCGUUGAGGAAAGAGACGGUGCCACAUCACGACCUGCCCCACGCGGGCCAGGAGGGUGCGGACGAGUUGUACUUCACGGCACGGCCCUUCCUGGACAUGCAGGAGGAGUAUGAGCUGGGCAGUGGGUGGUCAACCUACCCCAAGGAACCCACGUCCUCCAAGAGCCUCCUCAAGUCUGUGGAGGAGGAGUUACAGCAGAGGGGUCAUAUGACACACCUGGAUGACGAUGAUGAGUCUGAACACUGCACCCUGAAGCGGGCGCCACCGCCACCCAUCCCCACAAAGGCGCGUGGCACCGGCAGCUCAGAGGAGAGCACACCGGACGAGGAGCGGUGCGCCACCACCCGCAGCGUGGCACCGGGGGGCACGGGGAGCAUGCGCGGAACCCCCCCUCCUCCACGGCCACCACCCCCCCGCCUUUCCCCCCGGGGCGGCCCCCCACCACGGCCGCUAGGACCUCCCCGACCCCCUCCAACCUCCGUCGAGGGAGAAGAAAAAUCGGCGACCGUGGGGGCAGCGCCCCCCAGGCCAUCGCAGCUCGCACCCCAGGGCUCCCCCGACACCUCCACGAACGGAGUGCUGCCCAACGGUGAGCGGGGGGCGUCGCCUGCGGCGGUGGAGGUGGAGCGGGACUCGCAGGGGGCCUCCGUGCCCCCCACCGUGCCCCCCCGGACUCUGAGAGGGGACAAAGACAAAAUGGAUGCCCAGAAGCAGAGCAUCAACGGGCUCCCACCGACUCCGAAAGUGCACAUGGGCGCAUGCUUCUCCAAGGUGUUCAAUGGCUGCCCGCUCCACAUCAACUGUGCGUCAUCCUGGAUCAACCCCGAGACUCGCGACCAGCACCUCAUAUUCGGGGCUGAGGAGGGCAUCUACACCCUCAACCUCAACGAGCUGCACGAGGCCAGCAUGGAGCAGCUCUACCCCCGCCGCUGUUGCUGGCUCUACGUCGUCAACAAUGUGCUCAUGUCCAUAUGCGGAAAGACGUCCCAGCUCUACUCGCACAGCCUACUCGGCCUGUUUGAGCAGGCGAGGAGGCAGCACAGCCUUCCCAUGCACAUCCCCACACACCGCCUCCCCGACCGCAUCAUACCACGGAAAUUUGCCGUUUCGACCAAGUUCCAGGACACCAAAGGCUGCCAAAAGUGCUGCGUAGUGCGUAACCCCAGCACUGGAAACAAGUACCUGUGCGGCGCACUGCAGUCGGGCAUCAUACUUCUGCAGUGGUACGAGCCCAUGCAGCGCUUCAUGCUCAUCAAGCACUUUGAGUUCCGGUUGCCGGUGCCACUGCGCGUGUUCGAGCUGCUCGUGGUGCCGGAGCACGAGUUCCCGCUCGUGUGCGUGUCGGUGAGCCGUGGCGCCGACCCCGGCCAGGCCGUGCGGCUUGACACCAUCAACCUCAACUCGGCCUCCUCCUGGUUCACCGAGACCAGCACCGGCGGCGCCCCCCUGGAGCACGUGCACGUCACUCAGCUGGAGAAGGAGACUUUAUUGGUGUGCACUGACAGGUGUGUACAGAUCGUGAAUCUGCAGGGACGCCUCAAGUCCAGUCGCCGAAUGGCGACCGAGCUGCUCUUCAACUUCCGCAUUGACUGCAUCGUAUGCCUGCAGGACAGCGUGCUGGCGUUCUGGAAGCAUGGCAUGCAGGGCCGCAGCUUCCGCACCAACGAAAUCACUCAGGAGAUCGGCGACCAGACACGCGUGUUCCGCAUGCUGGGCUCAGACAGCAGGGUGGUGGUGCUCGAGAGCCGGCCGACAGACAACCCGGUCGCCCAGAGCAACCUUUACAUCCUGGCAGGACACGAGAACAGCUUCUGAGGAAGGGCCCUGGGGCCUCGUGUGCCCCCCCCCCUGCCCCACGUUGCCCCCCCCCCCCCCUUCCCGAUGUGGCCCUGCCGGAGCUUCGCUUGCCACUGGAACUGCGCCUAAUCGCUCAUGAAACGACGAGGGAAGUGGCCUCACGGCACACGCGCCGACCUGGGGGAGGGCCCGUGAUGAUCGGAGUGCAGGGGACACGGGGGGCCCCGCCGCCACCGUAUAGGAAGGGGCCGGAACGGGGCCUCCGCUCGGUGCCAAGUGACUUGCGUUGGCGAGGGGUGGACAGGGCCCCUCUCUAUACGGGUCCCCGAGGUGCCCGUAUGGGGCCGAACCCCGGGAUGGACUGGUGCCCCCAGGGCCCGCAGCCGCCGUUCAUCACGACGCAGAAACGUGCAGGGCCCCCACGCCGCCCCCCCCCCCCCCACACAGACGCUUCGUUUUUUUAAGUUUAUUUUCACCUUUUGCCAAAGCGUAAGGUCUAUCAAAGUUAUAGAUUUGUUGAAAAUUUUAUUGCCGAUAUGUUUUAGAGCUCUCUAAUAUUUAAUAUUGGUGGCAGGUGUACUUGAGAAGUAUAAAUCCGAGCACUUUGCUGGAGUGUAAUAUAUAGACAUGUAACAAGUUAUAAUUUUGUAAGUGCAGUCAGUAAAAUUCGCCGGCCUCGCAUGGCUAGCGAGGCUGCAGUGGCAUAUGGCUAAAAGUUCUGCUGGGUGGGGAGCCCUCCACGUCGGUGGUCAGGUCUCUACCAAGGCCAUCGGCUGCCAAGGCAACUCUCUCCUCUUCGGCAAAAGCGUUUUGUACACGUACCACGCAGUCUAUAUUACAGUAUAUGCAGUAUACGCGCGCAUUACCCUGCACGCAUACAGCCUGGGGGUGGGCGACGUGUCCCGUCCCCAUGGCCGCGCACACACACUACCUUCGCGUCCUGGUUUAUGCAAUAAUUAUUUCCGUAUUGGAACGAGUCAACUCCCCUUAUUUGGAGGCCUCGUGAGACACGGCGCGUGUGGGUUCAGGUGAGGCGGGGACUGGGUCCACAUAGGUGGUGGCCUGGGUGGCUGGCAGUGUGAACACUAAUUACCGAAAGCAACCGUAAGUUGAAAGUGGGGUCUGGUGAAACACUGGUGCUAGGAGCCCAUGAAUUAAAUAUCACACUUUAGGGUUGCGGUUUGGUUCAAGAAUGCAUGAAUUUCUUUACAUUAUUAGUAAUGCAGCGGGUCCACUCGUACAACAUGAGUGAAGAUGAGUAAUUUAUUCCAUUUUCAUGGGCAUAGGAAUAGACUUUAAUCAAUCAAGUUGCAUUCCUCAAUACAUGCCUCUGGGUUAGGGUCAAUGACAUGGCUAGUACUUGUGGUGGCUUGCUUGUUGGUUAGGGUUAGUGGGAUGGCGAGUACUCGUGGCUAGCUAGUUGGUUAGGAUUAUGAUCAGUGGGAUGACACGCACUAGUGGUGCCUGGCUAUUUGGUUAUGGUCAGUGGGAUGGCUAGUACUCGUGACUAGCUACGUUGGUUUGAGUUUCGAUCAGUGGGAUGGUUAGUACUAGUGGUGGCUGGCUAGUUGGUAAGGACUGUGAUCAGUGGGAUGGCGAGUACUCGUGGCUGCCUUGUUGGUCUGGGUUAUGAUCAUCGGUAUGGCUAGUUCUGGCUGGCGAGUUGGUUUUAAUCAGUGGGAUAGCUCGUACUGGUGGUGGCUGGCUGGUUGGUUAUGGCUAUGGGAUAGCAUUGGUUGUCUGGUGGUGACCGUGCACACGCUGCUUGUCCUUUAUAUUGUGAUGUAUGGCCCCUCAGUGUUCGGUGCCUCCGGCUUGUGGUGUUCACAUGGACCAGGUCUCCCUCCUCACUCGCCCUCACGCCCCCACCCCACGUUCCUCUCCCCGCCUGCGCGGGGCUGUAGUCCGCAUACUGGGUGGAGUUGGUUGCAUUUGGUUGAGUUGAGUUGGGGGGAGUUGAGAUGAAGUUUAGUUUGGUGAAGUUGAGGGUUGAGAUGGGUGGAGUUGAGCGAUGAGUGGAGUUGGAUUGAGUUCUGUGGAGUUGAGUACUUGUAUGGAAUUGAGCUCGGUGGAGUUGAUGGUUGAAUUAAGUGGAAUUGAUUUGCAUUGAGUUAGGGUCGAGUUGGAUUGAGUUAGGGAUGAGUUGAGUGUGACUGGGUUGAACUGAGUAAAUUUGAGGGUGGAGUUCGGUUGCACUCUGCAUUGACCGCGGACCCCUCUCACGGGGAGGAGGAUGAGGGGGCUGCUUGUAUAGCAUAGCAAUGUACAUAACGUUUCUCGGAGGUCGCGCAGACGCGUGCAACCAUGUUCCCGCAACCUCCACACACUACUGAAUGCGCUUUGCGAGUGCGCGGGUGCGGGGUGGGGGGGCGCGAGGGUCGGGGUUCUGUUACACAGUGGAGUGGGGGCAGCGCGCCUCCCGACAGCAUGUGUCGUGUUCUGUGUAAAUAUUGUAAAAUACAAUGAGGACCGCA